AUGGUCAGCCUGAGCGUCGGACUCAUCCUCAAUCUUGCGGCUGCCUUUGCGCCCGGCGGCAGCCAUGCAGCAUCGCCCACUCACACGUGCGAUACGCCGGACACAGGCUUUGAGUGCAACAAGUCCAUCUCGCACUCGUGGGGGAUGUACUCUCCCUUCUUCUCCGUGCCCUCGGAGAUCCCCCCCGGGACGCCGCAGGGCUGCCAGGUCACGUUUGCCCAAGUCCUCGCCCGUCACGGUGCCAGGGACCCCACUGCCGGCAAGACAAAGAUGUACAGCGACAUGAUCGAGCAGAUCCACGCCGCUGUGUCCGACUACGGGCCGGCAUUCCGUUUCAUCAAGGACUACGAGUACACGCUCGGGGCGGACCAGCUGACGCUGUUUGGACAGCAGCAACUGGUGAACGCCGGUAUCAGGUUCUACGACCGGUACCAGCACCUGGCCAAGGACACGACGCCCUUCAUUCGAGCGUCAGGCCAGGACCGGGUGGUCGAGUCGGCGCAGAACUGGACGCAGGGUCUACAUCGAGCACGUGUCGAUGACCAACAUGCGUCCCCUGAUUCAUUCCCCUACAGCAUGGUUGUGCUUCCGGAACAUACUCCAUUCAACAACUCACUCAGUCAUGGCCAUUGUCCGGCGUUUGAGAGUACUAAAGAUGGUGAGGAAGCGCAGGCGACGUUCUUGGAGCAAUUCGGGCCAGAUAUCCUGGUUAGGCUGAACGAGGGCUUGCCAGGGGCCAACCUGACCCUGCAACAAGUGAUCUACAUGAUGGACCUGUGUCCGUUCAAUACCGUCGCUGAUGACAAUGGAAAGUUGUCAAAUUUCUGCACCCUCUUCACAGAGGACGAUUGGCGCGACUAUGAUUACCACGCGUCGCUGGGCAAAUGGUACGGCUAUGGCAAUGGUAACCCCCUCGGGUCUUCCCAGGGCGUCGGAUUCGUCAACGAGUUGAUUGCGAGGCUGACCUCGACGCCUGUGCACGACCACACAACGACCAAUUCGACUUUCGACGAAGACCCCAAGAACUUCCCCCUCGGGGCGGUGCUCUAUGCCGACUUCAGCCACGACAAUGACAUCACGGGCGUCUACGCCGCCCUGGGCCUCUACAACGCUACCAGACCUCUCGCCAAGUCUCACAGGGAGUCCGCCUCGUCGGCGAAUGGCUACUCUGCAAGCUGGACUGUUCCGUUUGCGGCGCGGAUGUACGUGGAGAAGAUGACCUGCGCCGGGAGCUCCGAGGACCUGGUGCGGGUGCUUGUCAAUGACAGGGUCAUUCCGCUGCAGAACUGCGAAGCGGACAGCGAGGGGAGAUGUGAGCUAGGCAGAUUUGUGGACAGUCUGAGCUUUGCUCGAGAGGGCGGGCUGUGGGAUCGGUGCUUCGUGGAAUGA